AUGUCACCCCCACCAGGCCACCACCACCAGGCCACCCCUACCUCCACCAGGCCACAUCCACCAGGCCACCACCACCGGGCCACCCCUGCCAGGCCAACUCUACCAGGCCACACCCGCCAGGCCACCACCACCAGGCCACCUGUGCCAGGCCACCCCCACCCCCACCAGGCCACCUCCACCAGGCCACCACCACCAGGCCACCCCUGCCAGGCCAACUCUACCAGGCCACACCCGCCAGGCCACCACCACCAGGCCACCUGUGCCAGGCCACCCCCACCCCCACCAGGCCACCUCCACCAGGCCACCAGCACCAGGCCACCACCACCAGGCCACCACCACCAGGCCACCACCACCCCCGCCAGGCCACCUCCACCAGGCCACCAGCACCAGGCCACCACCACCAGGCCACCCCCACCAGGCCACCCCAACUUGACCACCCCACACCAGGCCACCCCCACCAGGCCACCCCCACCCCCACCAGGCCACCCCCGCCAGGCCACCCCCACCAGGCCACCCCCACCAGGCCACCCCCGCCAGGCCACCCCCCAGCAGGCCACCCCCGCCAGGCCACCCCCACCUCCACCAGGCCACUCUCACUAG